AUGGAGGUCCAUUGUGAGUGUUGGGCCCGGAGAGAAGUGGCUCUUUGGGAUGGACUACAGUGUAGAUCUCAUAUCGAAGGAGUUUCAACCGAGGUACGCAAGGUGGAUCGGGGAGAUUCAAUGGACCAUUCAUUCUACUGGAUACAUCACUCCAGAGCAAGACAAGAGCAGUUCGUGAGGUAUGGUAAUACUUUGCUUCAAGUAGGCAAAGUCAUUUCAAACCUUGUGCCCCCAAAAGUCAGAGCAGUCUCUUCAAACUCCACAUAUAAUUCUCCACGUUUCCAUUUCUCCUAUCUCCAAUGA